AUGUCAGUCUUGAACAUCCGAGUGGGAUUGUCUAGUAGGCAGCUGGGAGCACCAAAAAGGAGCUCAGGAGAGAAGUCUGAACUGGAGGCACGACUGGAAGUGGGGACAGAUGGAAAAGCCAGGCUCUUUCUCCUGGGAAUCAGGCUGCCGGAGGCUGGUCUUGGAGGUGCGUGGAGGGAGCUGAGCAGCUGGCAGGUGUUGGUGAUCAUUAGAGACAGGGCUGGUUCUGGCACCAAAUCCAACUCUGCUUGUGGCAGCCAGAGAGGAAAAGACAUGAAUCAUGUCUGGGAGGCAAAAAAGGUUGUUUACCCACUUUCCCAGACAGAGAGGGCAGCAGGCAUGAGCCCGGCCUCUGUGACUCUGGCCAGUGCCCUGCAGGUCCGGGGCGAAGCUCUGUCUGAAGAGGAGAUCUGGUCCCUCUUGUCCCUGGCUGCUGAGCGGCUCCUGGAAGACCUCCGUGGUGAUUCCUCGGACUAUGUGGUCUGCCCCUGGUCAGUCUUGCUUUCUACGACUGGAAGUCUCUCCUUCCAAGACCAUGUUUGUCAUAUAGAAGCGGCUCCUUUCAAGGCCCCUGAACUGCUACCGGGACAGAGUGAUGACGAGCAGUCUGAUGCACCUCAGAUGCACGUCUAUUCUUUGGGAAUGACCAUGUGCGAAGACCAGCCUGGCAGGCGGCUACCGCUGCAGUCCAUCCUGGAAGCUUGUCGGAUUCAUUGGGAAGAAGUGGCUGUCCACCCAGCCUCUGCCAGUCUCCGCAUCAGACAGCUGGUCGGCUUGGUUCUGGGCACCAUCUCCGAGGUGGAGAGGAGGGCGGUGGAGGAAAGCUCGUCCGGGCAGCAGGACAGAAGCUACCUGCUCAGGAACAGGCUGCAGCAGGCCAGCUGUGAGAGCCGGGCAGCGAGGGCCCCGGGGUGUCUGCAUCCCUGCAGAGUUUCAGAGAGAAGCACAGAGACUCAGAGCUUCCUGGAGCCCAGACUGAGCGCCUCAGCACACAGCUGCUGCAGCCUCUCUGUGAACAGCGUUCUUCCAGCUGAAGUUCCCCCAGAUCUUCAGGAAGGCCGACGGCUCAGCUCUGGUUCUGCUCUCCCAGAAAACUCACGGCUAGCAACUUCUUCUGGAAAGGGUUUCCUGCAGAGAAAGGGAAAGUUCUCCAGGCCGGAGUUUGCCCUGCUGGCUGGAGAGGCCCCGGUGAUCUUGUAUCUGCCUGGAACAAUUGUGACCAAAAAAGGGAAGUCCUAUUUGGCUCUCCGGGCCCUCUGUGUAAUGCUGCUGAACGGGCAGUGCCUGGAGGUGAGAUGUGACAUCACGUCGACAGUGGGAGCCAUCUUCAGCGCUGUUGCGUCCUUUGCCAACCUUGUGGAGCUCACCUACUUUGGCUUGGCUUACAUGAAAGGCAAAGAGUUCUUUUUCCUGGACGCUGAAACCAGGGUGUGCAAAAUAGCCCCCGAAGGCUGGAGUGAGCAGCCCCAGAAGAAAAGCUCCCCGGAUACCUUCACGCUCUUUCUGAGAAUAAAGUUCUUUGUCAGUCACUAUGGGUUGCUCCAGCACAGUUGGACAAGGCACCAGUUUUACCUGCAGCUUCGGAGAGACAUCCUGGAAGAGAAGCUGUACUGCAACGACGAGAUGCUGCUGCAGCUGGGGGUCCUCGCCCUGCAGGCUGAGUUUGGCAGUUACCCAGAGGAGCAGGUAGAGAGUAAAGCCUAUUUUCGAGUUGAAGAUUACAUCCCCGCAAGCCUGAUUGAGAGGAUGACGGCUCUCCGGGUCCAAGUCGAAGUCUCAGAGCUGCACCGUUUAAGUCCUGUGCUCUGGGGAGAGGAUGCGGAGCUCGAAUUCUUGAGGGUGACUCAGCAGCUCCCGGAAUAUGGUGUGCUGGUUUACCAAGUUCUCCCAGAGAAGACAAGGCCAGGAGGAGAGAUGGCCUUGGGGCUCUGUGCCAAGGGGGUCAUAGUGUACGAAGUGAGAAACAACAGCAGAAUUGUGACUUCACGGUUUCAGUGGAGAGAAAUUGAAAAGAUUUUGGCCUAUCGAAAGAAGUUCAUCAUUACAAGCAGCAUCACUGGGAAAAAGCAUAUGUUUGUCACUGACUCAGCCAAGACCUGUAAAUACUUACUGGGCCUCUGCUGUGCCCAGCAUGGAUUUAAUGCUCAGACGAGCUCUCCCGGAGUUACAACUGUUAUAUUUGACUAUGAUAAAUGUGUGCAAAUGGCCAAUCUGAGUCUUGCACACCUGGCCCAGUCCAAGCCGCUCACUUGGAUCCAGAGACUGUCGUGCUCAGAAAAUGCGCUGUUUGUACCCAGGCUGGAGGGUGUGGCAGGAGGCCUGCUGCACACGUCACUGGAUAACUUCACUGUGGACACCAGCAAGGGGACCAGGGCACAAGGGCUCAGAGGCAGACCCUGCCCUGUGCAGCUGGAGCACAUCUGUUUGACCCAGAAGCCAACGACCUGUGACCCUCUCUCUGGACUGCCUGCUCAGAGCACGUGCACAGGGGCACAAAAUAAGAGGAGAAGGAGCUUUACAGCCGAACCAGAUCGAGAAAUUGUGCGUGUGGCACUGAGCCGGGAUCCACGCCGUGGUUUUGGUUUUGUCAUUAAUGAGGGAGAAGAUGUAGGCAAAGUUGAUCCUGGCAUCUUUAUAUCUUCUAUUAUACCUGGGGGACCAGCUGAAAAAGCUAAAAAGAUCAAACCAGGAGGGCAGAUACUAGCCUUGAAUCACAUCAGUCUGGAGGGCUUCACAUUCGACAUGGCUGUUAGAAUGAUUCAGAAUUCUCCUGACAACAUAGAAUUAAUCAUUUCUCAGUCAAAAGGUGUUUGUGGAAAUACCUCAAGCGAGGAGAAGAAUAGCACGGCCAACUCUGGGGUCUUCUCUACAGACAGCCUGAGCAACGGGCACCUGGGAAGUUUUUCAUCACACACACAAGACCAGGAAAGAAAUAUUGAAGAACUGGAAAUGGCUCGGACUCAGAGCUUAAUGCCCAGGCUGAGACCUCAGCUGUCUGCUCCGCCAUUAAAGUCUAGUGGGAGCCUGCAGCUGGGGGAUGAGCGAGUACUGGCUUGUCAUUCUGCCUGUGCUCAGGUUGGCUGUGACCCUCUGCUGAAGAGCACAGCUCCUGUUAGAUGCUCUUUGCCCUCGAGCUCUUUACCACUCGCUCAGUUCCAUCAGCCAUCCCUCCUCUCGCUCCUCAGGCUCAGGGAAGAAAACAAUGCCAGUGAAAUCUACUUUGUGGAGCUAGUUAAAGAAGAUGGAACACUUGGAUUCAGCGUGACUGGUGGCAUUAACACAAGUGUGCUCUGUGGAGGUAUCUACGUGAAAUCCAUCAUUCCCGGAGGGCCAGCAGCCAAGGAAGGGCGGAUCCUGCAGGGUGAGGAUGGAGUCAUGCUGGGCUCUGCAUUCUGUGGUGUGAUGCGCCCCGGCUUGGGGGAUGCAGCCUUCAAGCCUUGCCCCACUCUCACUCUGAUGCCUUGUGCAAAUGAUUGCCUCUCCAGGUCAUGGUUUCCUUACCUGGAAAAGGAGAUGAUUUAA